GACGCAUACCGUUGCUAUUUUUACAUUUGACAGUUCAUGUGCCAAAUGAUGUUUAUAUAUAGAAUUUAGGCUCAUUGAAUCAAUGUUAGGGAAGAAACUAUAGGAAAGAAGUGCCAUGGAGCGAAAUUUCGGCGCAUUCCACAUCAAACUUAGCUCUGCAUAUCACUGCUCCCAGGAAGUUGUGUAACUUAGUAGAUCUGCUGUAGGCCUACUGUUCUGUGUGACACAAACAGCUUCCUUGAGAAAUGGAAAGAGAAUCAGAUGAAGUUUCUGGAGUCCAUCCUCCAAACUGUGAAGACAAAUCAGAAACUGAAGAAGAUGGCUACUGUGCUAUGAAAACCAAUGAUACAGUUGAAAGGGAAGGAACCCAGUCCACUGCUGACAAUGAGGAAUGCCAGGACUCAGGGUCCAGAUUUCAGUCAACUUCCAGAGGUUGUUUGGGUGGAAGUAAUGAGUUAUCUCCCCCUCCACCAACAAUAUGUAGUGUCCCAAACAUGCCAAGCCUUGUACGAAAUUUUCAAUCACCCAAGCUUGUGGCACACUAUGAAGAUCCACCUGUUUGGAUGUACUGACAAUUAUUCCCAUGCCAUCAGAUCUAGGAUUUUUAUUCCUCAUAAAUAUAUCAAACUUAUCAACAGGUUUGGUAAAUUUUUCAAAAAGCUUACUCUAACUGUAACUGAAUAUCUAAACCAAUUCCCAGAGGAGUGGAUCAGUAUCAUGCAGGAGCUUAGUAAGCAGUGUCGUCUGGAGAGCUUGACCUUGGAGAUAGGAAGGUUGACCUCCUAUUACCACAUUGACGGAUACCAGCCAUUAGUAAAAGAUAUCACAGCAUUGUUGUCCUUUAUUCAACAUGCUGUUCGAUUAAAGCAUUUCCACAUCAAAUCAUGGCCAAUGUAUCCGCACAGCCUAUCAAACCAAGAUUUGAACAUCUUUGAAGUAAUUCUCAAAAACCCAAAAUUGAAAGACCUGAAAACUCUCAGUCUUUUCUGGUGCAAGGCUACAGAAUGGUCUGAGAGAAUGCCGAUCCUUCCCUCCCCUGAGUCAAUGCUACCACUUAUAUGCAAUUUUCAGCACCUGAAACAGCUGAGCUUACGAUCACCAAUGCUGGAUAAAGAUAUCAUACUAGAACUGUCUAAGCCAGGGCGCUCUAAGCUGAAACUUCUACAGGUUUUUGUGCACUUCUGUCCACAAAAUGAAAACUUCAAAAUACCAGAAAUUGCUUCCUCACAUUGGAAACAGUUUGUGCUGGCUAACCCAGAGGUGGAGAUGGAAUGCACACUAUUGGCCAGAACUCCUCAUCUAGAAUUAGCAUCCAUGUUGAAAACAGAUUGUCCACUCACUGCAAUCACAUUCAUGAAAUUUUCAAAAUGUGAUUCCCAAAUUAUAACUUCCUUGAAUGAUAUGUACUACAGAAGUUUGAAGAAGUUUGCAUGCUACUGUGAUCCAUCAUGCAAAGAAAAUGAACUUGUCUCCCUUGCUAUGAGAUCUCCAAAUCUGAAUCAUUUUGUAUACUAUGGAUCUCUUGGCUGUGAAUCAGUUGAAAAACUGGCUCAACUCCGUGGUACUUGUUGGAAUGAAUUUGUUAUUCCCAAUAGCUGUAUAACAGUCCAAGAUGCACUGUCAUACGAUGAGGAUGAUGACAGAGUUAUUGCCCCUGGUGAAGAUGGACAGUAUUAUCUUGUGGGUAUUGCAAGGUUUCAUCAGCUAGUACACCCCGACUCGCAGCGGAAACAAGAAAUGCAGGACAAAGUGUCCGAAGCCUUGGGAUACAGUUGGAAACCAAUAUGAAGUACUAUUUCUUUAACAUUGUUUUACAAUAUUAACCUUUCUGAUCUUUUAGCUUGUUGUUUUAUUUUUAUAAGGGUUUCUCAACACAGUAUAUCUUCCAUCCAUUAUAGAACAGGAAAUGGGUAUAACAAGACAAGCCAAAUGUUUAAAAAACAUAUUGUACAUGUGAUUAAUUAAAAAUUCCUCAUCUACCUCAUUGUCCACAGCUACCAAAUAUGUACAGUAUGUGUCACAUCUGUCAAAUGUUUAGAUUUUAAAUGGUAUUUGACAUUGUAGUGGGCAUUCAACUUUAUUAUGGAUUUAAGGUUAAACAAUUUUGCCGAAUCCAAAUUUAAUAAUAUUGACUUGAAAUCGGGAAUACUUCCCACUUGCAGAUGUAUGAGCUCAUGGGAUGGAAGACUUACAGAAAGUUUGAAUGAACAGUUGACCUUGCAGUUUCAGAUUGUUAAUUAGAGUUGCUAAUCAAAUAUACAGUUUACUAUUUUUAACUGAAAUCCUUUUUAGUUUUGAAGUUCAGAAGAAAUAUUGCUAUACAUCUGGCAUCCAUAGACAGCUAGGUUAAAGUUUUUUUUAAACAGUGUUGUGUCAAUACUAAUGAGGAUACAGCUGAGGUAUUUCUAGUAAAAUUUUCUACUAUAUUUGUUGAAUCACUGACCUUGACCAUGGCCUUUGACCUACUUUUAAAAAAAAAUUAACCUUGGCCACAAUAUAUUUGACAUGUGUAUUCCUUGUCGCAAGCUUGCCUAUAGCUAUACAGUGUUUAUAUUGUUGUUUUUAUGUGGAUGCAUGUUCUUUAAGUAUUUAUUAUAUUGUGUUUGUUUACAUGUUAUUGUGUGGUAUUAUAUAACAUAUAACUUGUAGCCAAAUGGUAAAAACAUUUACAUGUACUCAUACUCGUUAUACACAUUUUAUGCUCAGGCUCAAAUAGUUUUUGUGAUAGAAUUUGAUAUCCGAAUUAUUUUGGAAAGACUUACAGGGAGAUAUUAUAUUCAAUGUUCUUCUUUUAAACUGCAAUUUCAUAAUUUAAGCAAGUUUAGUUAAAGUUGUGUUGAGCACAACUUAUAGCUGAACAUAACAUGGUAUAAGUUCUUGCCUGGUGUAAAAUACUUUCUUUGUUGUAUUUACAUAAUACUUUAUAACAUAAAACAUCUGUUGUGUAUAAAUUUCAUUAUUUUCGUGGUUGCUAUGUUACCACAAAUAUAUACAGUAUAUAAAUACAACUAAUAUUGUUGUAUGUAUUAUUAUUGUUGCAUGGGCUAACCCUGAAAGUUUGUACCCAUGAAAUAAUUUGAAAGCACCAAACCAGGAAAGAAAGAAGACACAACCCGAUUUCAUGUUAUACAGUACAGCGAUAGACAUGUGUUUACCUGUUAUACAGUACAGCGAUAGACAUGUGUUUACCUGUUAUACAGUACAGCGAUAGACAUGUGUUUACCUGUUAAUACAGUACAGCGAUAGACAGGUGUUUACCUGUUAUACAGUACAGCGAUAGACAUGUGUUUACCUGUUAUACAGUACAGCGAUAGACAUGUGUUUACCUGUUAUACAGUACAGCGAUAGACAUGUGUUUACCUGUUAUACAGUACAGCGAUAGACAUGUGUUUACCUGUUAUACAGUACAGCGAUAGACAUGUGUUUACCUGUUAUACAGUACAGCGAUAGACAUGUGUUUACCUGUUAUACAGUACAGCGAUAGACAGGUGUUUACCUGUUAUACAGUACAGCGAUAGACAUGUGUUUACCUGUUAUACAGUACAGCGAUAGACAUGUGUUUACCUGUUAUACAGUACAGCGAUAGACAUGUGUUUACCUGUUAUACAGUACAGCGAUAGACAGGUGUUUACCUGUAAUACAGUACAGCGAUAGACAUGUGUUUACCUGUUAUACAGUACAGCGAUAGACAUGUGUUUACCUGUUAUACAGUACAGCGAUAGACAGGUGUUUACCUGUUAUACAGUACAGCGAUAGACAGGUGUUUACCUGUUAUACAGUACAGCGAUAGACAUGUGUUUACCUGUUUGAUUUCUGUGUAGUGUGGAACAUGUGAGUUUGGAACAUGUGAGUUAUACUUUUAUAACAUGUUAUAAGUUAUACAUUUCAUAGCUGUGAUCGUCAGUACCACUGACAAGUCCUACAUUGGUUCACUGACCAUACAUGUAUGAUAAACUUUGAUUGGCUUUAUACAUUACUAAAUAUUUAACGAGUGUGCUUCUGUGAUUUGUAUUUAAGUGCUAAUUAUUUUACAGACAUUGGUCUGAUUGCUGCUAUUGCGGUGGAAUUUUAGUCUCACUGUUAGUUAUCUUGUUUCUCUCCUUCGCGGACACACAUUAAUGUAUCUCAUUAACCCUAGUGUAUCUCAUUAUCACUGUUAGUUAUCUUGUUUCUCUCCUUCGCGGACACACAGUAAUGUAUCUCAUUAAUCCUAGUGUAUCUCAUUAUCACUGUUAGUUAUCUUGUUUCUCUCCUUCGCGGACACACAGUAAUGUAUCUCAUUAAUCCUAGUGUAUCUCAUUAUCACUGUUAGUUAUCAUGUUUCUCUCCUUCGCGGACACACAGUAAUGUAUCUCAUUAAUCCUAGUGUAUCUCAUUAUCACUGUUAGUUAUCUUGUUUCUCUCCUUCGCGGACACACAGUAAUGUAUCUCAUUAAUCCUAGUGUAUCUCAUUAUCACUGUUAGUUUUCUUGUUUCUCUCCUUCGCGGACACACAGUAAUGUAUCUCAUUAAUCCUAGUGUAUCUCAUUAUCACUGUUAGUUAUCUUGUUUCUCUCCUUCGUGGACACACAGUAAUGUAUCUCAUUAAUCCUAGUGUAUCUCAUUAUCACUGUUAGUUAUCUUGUUUCUCUCCUUCGUGGACACACAGUAAUGUAUCUCAUUAAUCCUAGUGUAUCUCAUUAUCACUGUUAGUUAUCUUGUUUCUCUCCUUCGUGGACACACAGUAAUGUAUCUCAUUAAUCCUAGUGUAUCUCAUUAAUCCUAGUGUAUCUCAUUAUCACUGUUAUUUAUCUUGUUUCUCUCCUUCGUGGACACACAGUAAUGUAUCUCAUUAAUCCUAGUGUAUCUCAUUAAUCCUAGUGUAUCUCAUUAUCACUGUAGUCCAAUAAUUUGAACAUGUAUGUAUUUCUUGCAAUCCGUAAUUUGACUUUUUAUUUCUUUUCUCAGGGAUAACAAAUAUUUCCACAAGAUACUUUUGAAAAAUUUCAAUGACAACCGGAAAAAAUGAAGAUAAUCAGCAAAAUUUAGAGUGAUCUAAAACCCAAGAAAACUGAUAUCCCUGUUUGAAGUGAAAAUCUUGUGCAAGUUUUGGAAUGCAGUUCAAUGAUAUACUUUAAACGUGCUUAAUUCAACACAGUCAAAGUCAAUGCCACAAACACAGACAAAUUAAUGUAAAAUAUGAUUUAUAUGUGUGGACAUGAUAUAGCUCAGUUGGGAGGUUCAACCCUGGAAAAGUCAUCUUUUCAAAAUUCAGACAGGUUUCUCCCUCAGAUACAAAUACUGACUUCCAAACAUUCAGAUUCCAGCUAGUUUUCACAAAUUCAAGUACAAAUGUACCACUUUCACACACUGACAUUAAAAUUUCUCAUUGUGAUCAUUUAACCCAAGAGGAACUCCAUUAUUGUACUGAACGAUGACAGAAUUAUUGCGUAUUGUACUGAACAAUGGAUAGAGAUUUAUUACUUAUAUUUGUCCUGGAUGAUGAUAUUAAUUUGUAUACCAUUUGUGUUCUAAGUGUGUAUACUGACCAUUUCACAUACCAAUGUUAUACUGCAAGGAUGAAUAAUAUAUAUUUGUAUCUUGGAAAGCAUAUAGAGCGUUUUCCUAGAUAUCACAUCUCUGUUAAUUUACACAUAUUAAGUAGUAAUAUGAUAUUAUAUUUUAAAAUGGAUUGUUGGUAUUUAUUAAUAUAGUUAUUGUAAUAUCAUUAGUUAUGACAGAUGUUUUAAUUCUGUAAUAUUUACUAAUUUUGUCUGCAAGAAAUUAUAUGAUUGAGUGAGGAUGUAACAAUUACCUGUGGCAAGUCAACAAUGAGUACCUUUGUUAAUUAAAUAGUUCUAAAUCAA